AUACAAAAAAAAGUAUCCACAUCAUUUCAUGUAAAAAAAUGUUGUUUAAACGAAUUUAAAGGAGGAUGUAAAAUUGUUUGACGAAAAAAAGUUUAAACAAAGUUGUAAAUAUGGUAAAUAAUGUUAUCAAGUUUUGUUUCCGUAGAGUAACAUUUAAAAGUCGGAGUUUAAUACGUACGAGGAGACUUGACUGAAGGAAAAUUUUAUGGACAAAAGAUUACAAUUUGUUGCAUAUAUUUGCACUGUUGAGAGUUUUUGUGGGUGAAACUAAAAAUGAAGUUAAGGAUACUUUUUGAAAAUACUUAAACAUCUCAAGUACAAGAGUUAUUUCUUAAAUAGAUAUAUAAAUAAAAGCUAAGUGUUAAUUUACGUGGGUACUUUGGUUAAAAGGAGCUUAUGAAUAUAUAAAAAUGCUAAAGUGGAUAAAAGUGAAGCAGGACACUGCAUCAGUCGCUAAAGAAACGAGUAACAAUAAAGUUGUGUCUAAAGGUACUGAAAAUGAUGAUAUUGAACCCGAAAUUGAAGUCGCUUGUAAGGCUGAUGACGGUGAAGCUGCUGCUGAGAAAGAGGAAGAGGAAGACAGUGGAAUGGAGAGAGAAGACUCCCCGGCAAUCGAUUUGAGACGCUUGAAAAAAGACCUAUUCUCCCAGCUGCAGUUUUCGCAGGACAGCGCUUUACCGCCCGAUGCCCUUCGCCAAGCCUUAGCCAAGAGUUUUCUCGACCAACAACGUUUCCAAUUGGGUUUUAUGGACGACGCAGCAGAAUGCUUCGAAAACAUUUUGUUACGAAUUCACCUACACAUCGCAAGUGGCGAAGCAGAGGAUAUGUGCAGUGCAAGACACUGUGUUCCGCAUCAAAAAUUUGCAAUGACUUUAGUGGAACAGAGCGUAUGUGGCGCUUGCGGUGCUACAUCUGAGCCAUUACCGUUUACUCAGAUGGUUCAUUAUGUCUCCGCGUCAGCGCUGACUUCACAAGCACGGCAAACUUUACCAGCGGCCAAGAACAGCCCUGAUUUGUUCGGACAACUUUUGAGAAAAGCUGGCGGUAUGGGAGAUAUCCGUGACUGCCCAAGCGCAUGUGGUGCCAAGAUCCAAAUAUGCCGAACGCUGAUGAACAGACCAGAGAUUGUAUCAGUGGGUGUGGUGUGGGACAGUGAAAGACCGUCACUUGAACACAUCAUGGACGUGUUCGCAACUGUCGGUACGUGCUUGCGACUCAGUGAUGUUUUUCACAGCGUUGUAGACUCAAGAUGGGGUGCAUCUACAGUUCACAAUCUCGUUGGGGUAGUCACGUACUACGGCAAGCACUACUCGACAUUCUUCUUCCAUACCAAGCUAAAGGUAUGGAUAUACUUUGAUGAUGCAACGGUGAAAGAAAUUGGACCGAGAUGGGAGCAGGUAGUGGAAAAAUGCAGACGCGGUCGUUAUCAACCACUUCUUCUACUUUACGCAACGCCUGGUGGUACACCAGUUAACACAGAAAACGCGCCUAAAGUCGUAACGCCAUUUCCCAACACUAAAGGCUGGAAGACGUCACCGCAGAAAAAUAAUUCCCGACGUUCUGUUACACCUAGUCCAGAGAAGCCGUUGAUCAGUAAUACUGCCAGGCGAGCUAUUACACCGAAUCCUGAUAGUGCCCAACCGCAUGCUUACACUCAACGAAGAGUAUACAGUGAUUAUCAAAAUCUCACUGAUAUACAAAAUAAUAUUUUUGGAAUCAAGGAUGUUGACACUGUUGACGGUGAAAGUGAGUCAAAGUAUAUAAGCCGUCGUGCAGUGGAGAACGUGAUGCAGCAUCAAAAAAAGCAACAAAUGCAAUUAACGCGUAGCUUAAGCGCUGGUUCUAAUACACAAGAUGGUUUAAGCAUUCCGGAUCACUUGAAUGUACCACGAAGACGUGAUUCUGGAAACUGGUCUGGAGAUCGUAACAGCGCUUCUUCAAGCUCUUCAACGACAAUGGAUAAUCCUUAUCUGUACAUUGUUCAUAAAAUGCAGAGAAAUUCAGGUGUACCUAAAAGCCCAACCAGUAAAUCGGGUGAAUUGUCGAGUAGCAGCAGCGGUCACUAUGACGCUGGAUACGAUUCAUAUUCACUUUCUUCAACAGACAGUCUUACUAUUCAACAAAAUCUUAAACAUAAUUUACAACUUGCUCAAAUCCCUGAAGGUUAUCAAUCAACUGUUGGUAGUGAUUGUGAACGACUGUGCAAGGAGACUGAUGCACUGUUGGAAAAAUCUCGUGCAGCAGAAGACGCCGGUGAUUUGGGUACCGCUGUAGCACUCUGCAAUGCUGCAACUAGUAAAGCACGAGCCGCUAUGGAUGCACCUUACAAUAAUCAUAAUACCAUCACAGCAGCACGUCUGAAAGUAAAUACUUGUGUUAUGAGAUCGAGAAGUCUUCACAGGAGGAUACUGCAAGAGCACGCGAUAACUAACGGUGGAAAAGAAGAAGCCGCGGCUGAUGGAAGACAUACAAGAGAAAACAGUAAAUCUGGACAACAUUCUCGACAAAAUUCACGUGACAAAGGCAAUCAUUCACGGCAAAAUAGUCGUGAGUUAUUGAUAAAUACAACACCGGUAAUAGAUAAACCAGCGGUUAAAAAUAUUGAAAUAUAUGCAACUUUACCGAAGAAAAAGACUUUGAGAGGUAAAGCUACUGCUGUAAAUGUUAUUGAAGACGAAGAGUACAUGUUGUAUGAUAAACCAACUCAACGAACGGGAUUUUUUGGUCGAACAAAACGAUGUGAUGAUGAUAAAAAAGAGAAAAAACGGGCUAAGAGUGAAGAACGCAAUAAAAAUAUUUCAAAAGACUUUUCAAUAGCACCUUCAAAACCUUCUGUGUUGCCAAAAAACACUAAGCCAGAUAAGACUUGUAAAGAAACGUCUGAUUCAAGUAAAAGUUCACAGAGUAAUACAACAUCAGCGGCUGUUGAUCAGAAGCAAGGUAAAAAGCAGCAUAAAAUAAGAAGAAAAUUAUUAAUGGGCGGUUUAAUUAAAAGAAAAAAUCGAAGUAUGCCCGAUUUGCGUGAAGGUCAAGAUGGUCAACCAAUUGCUGUGACUAAGGAAAAUACUUCGAAUACAUUGCCAAAACAAUCAGUUGACGAUUCAAAUGUCGGUUUGAAAGCCAAUGAAGUCGGUCAAUCUUUAAGCGGUUACUUGUCGGAGGGCCACCUAGAGUUUGCCGGCAACUGCAAUGCCAAUCCAAAUUUAGAACGAAGUCGUCUGAUGAGAAAAAGCUUCCACGGUAGCGCUGGUAAGGCGUUACACGUUGCGAAAGUUCCUCCGCCACCACCGCUCCGGACCACUUCUCAGCUUAGCAAGUCUAAGUGUCCUGAAGUGCGCAAUGAGCAAGAUAACAUCAAUAAGUCCUCAUACAAUAAUAAUAAUAAUAAUAAUAAUAAUAAUAAUAAUAAUAACAAUAACAACAACCAAAUUAAUGGUAAUAAUAAUAAUAAUGAUGGACAAUGUGCGAUUACUUCUCCUCAGGAUCAAACGACUAAUGCUUACUGGAGUCAUUUGAAUCCAGCUAAUUUUGAUUCAAACAGUCAACUUUGUCGUAACAAUUAUGACGAAUAUUUAUCAGAGCCCCAGUCAUUACCAUUUCUACCAUCUUACAAUCCCGAAGGAAAUAAUUUAAUGACGUCGCCGGUGAAUGUUAAUCAGCAACAACAACAGCCACAAAAUGGUCCAGCUAAACCAAGAAUCCAAGAUGACGUUGUGCAGUAUGCAAAUGGUGUUUUAUAUGAACCAACAUUUGUUGUCACGCGAGCUGAUGUUCACAAUGAACAGAGUCCAGUGAAAGGUCAACAAUUAGAAGUCCUUCCACCUUAUCCUGAAAAUAUGACCAAUGUGUCACAUUCAAGACAACCAAGUGAAGACUUCCCACCUCCACCUUAUCCAGUAAUCCCCUCGGUUACUCAUUCACGUCAACCUAGCGAAGAUUUUCCACCACCACCUAGUCCCCUUGAAAUUGAAAAUACUCUACUUUAUCAGCAACAACAACAACAACAGCAGCAACAAUUACAAUUACAAUAUUUACAACAACAACAACAACAACAACAACAACAACAACAACAACAACAACAACAACAACAACAACAACAACAACAACAACAACAACAACAACAACAACAACAACAACAACAACAACAACAACAACAACAACAACAACAACAACAACAACAACAACAACAACAACAACAACAACAACAACAACAACAACAACAACUGAAACAUCGCCAGCAUCAGCAGCUGCAGCAACAACAACAGCCAUCUCAGCAAAUGCAAAUGCAAGCAAGUCAACAGCAGUCAACGGAGGCUCAACAAAUAAGCAGCUUGUUAGCUCAAUUACAAAGUAAGAGAGCGCAGGUUAUGUCUUCUGAAAAUAUUGAAGAAAAGAAGAGAAACUCAACGCAUGAAGAUGAGGAUAAAAAUGGUAGUGGAACUUGGUUACGUGAACUGCAAUCUAAACUAGGUGAAAGAAAAAUGAAGAAACAGGGACCGCUGGAUGGUCAGGAUGUCCCGAAAAGCAUUGCUAGGCGUACUAGUGAUUUGAUGAUGAACAGUGUCGGACCAAUAACAAAUCAGCCGCAGGGCGUUGAUGUAACUGAUUGUCCUCGAGUCAUUUCUUCGGUUAAGGAUAUGGCUGCGAGAUUUGAACAAAUAAAAUUACAUCCAACGCCUAAAGUUGAUUUAGACGGUAAAGUUCAGUUAAAAUUGACUUCUAAUUCAGUAUCACCCUCGCCAACAAUGGGACACAGCAAUGAAGUACAAAAAACAGAAGAAACUAUUAAUCAAUUGCCAUUGUCGAGCGAAAAUUUAGCAGCUUUUACUAAAUUUGAUAACUACACAAGUUUGACAUCGAGUGCUGAAUCAACUUCAAGUCAAAGCACAUUCGUUGCACUACCAUCUGACAAUCCAUCAAGUAAUCAUCAGCAGACUAGUGGGUUGAACGCAGCUAUUUUAUCAAUGUCUCUGACAUUACCUCACGAGACUGGUCUUCCAAUAGAUUAUCCAGAAGAUGAUAUUAGUGAAGUGGCUAUGCAGAAUACUAUUCAAAAUACAACAAUACUGCCAAUGGAAGAGGAUUUACUCGUAGCUAAGACAAAACGUCGAAGUGGUAAAAAGAAGAGUGUAUCAUUUUGUAAUGAAGUUGUUCUAGUAGCAGCAGCUGAUGACGAUAUAAAGCACUCUGAAUAUCCUCAUCCAAUUCUUGAACGUGUAUUAAGAUCAACGAUAAAUAUACCUGAAUCAGUUCAAGUAAUGCGUGAAAUACAGAGCCUAAAAGAGGCUGAGAUGAACCGUGACAGUAAUCAAGUGACAAGAUUCCAGCAGCACACAUUGCCAUUGAAAAGCGAAGCGGAUAGUACACCAUCAACCACAUUCCAAGAUCAAUUGAGGAGUGUCAAUCCUAUAAUACCGUUACCGGUCGAUAGUAAUUUACGACCGACUUUCACGCGUCAAAAUCCCACUGACCCGCCAGUAAACACAAACACCUCGACCUCGAUUACUCAACAACAACAAGAGCCCAAGAAGUACACUCCUUAUGUUGGUAGUGACUGUCAUAGUGAUGUUAUACGGGAUAGUUAUCCACCUGCUGUCUCUUCUUCAGCACAAUCUAAGAUGUCUUACUCACCGCAACUUCAACAACAGAUAAGAUAUACCCAGAAUGGUUUGACGUACAAUCAGUCCUCCUCUUCAUUAUCUACUCAAGGAUAUACUCAACUUCAUCCGUCUCAUUCGUGCAAUCCAGCUAUGCCGGUAUCGCAAACACAAAAACCCGUGAGUCCUUACACAGUACAAAUGCAUAAUCAAUAUCCACAAGUUAAUAUUCAGCAGCAGCAGCAACAGCAACAGCAACAACAACAACAACAACAACAACUUAUUACGAACAACAACUGUGCUCAGAAAAAUGGAUACCCGGUAUACUAUCAUCUCGAUCAACAACACAAUCAGAUGAAUUUACAAAUGACUAACCAGCAGAUUCAACAAAACGGGACAAAUCGGACUCAAAGUGUAAAUUCAAGUCCCAUUACUGUACAAAGUCCUCAACAAUUCGGAUAUCAAACAAACCAAUCUCAAAAUUCUUGUCAGCAGUACCCUACGCAAAACCAGUACUCGAGCAAUAAUUAUCAGGGUUACACGCUUCAAAAUGGCGCUCAACAAAGUAGAGCGAGCCCUUCAAUUCCUCAGUACCAACCGCCACCUAAUCUAGCGGUUUAUCAAUCGCAACAAUCCCAAUCUCAACUUACAUCACAGAAAAAUUUACCACAGAAUCCACAAAAUCAACAACUCCAGUCUCACCAUCAACACCAAAUGGCUCAAGCGUUUCAACAGCGCGCUGAAAACUAUCAACGCCCGCCACAAAAAACAGAUCAGCAAAAUAUCCUAGCACCGAAUCAAAUGUACUCAAAUUCUCUGCAAAAUGGACAAUCUAAUAUAAAGUUACAAAAUUACCAACACCCACCUGCUAAUUCUGCUGUUGCGAUUAAAGCACUCAAACAAGGGCCGCUUUUGACAAAUGGUAAAUCUAAUUCUAUGAGUUUACUUCAACCAGCAAAUCCAAUGCAAAAAACAACAUCUGCGCCAGCCAUUUCACGAGCAACACUCUGUAAUCUUUGUCGCUUGAAACCAGCUGCUGAAACCGGAAUGUUCUGUGUAAAUUGUGACAAAUAUAUGAAUAGAUUUCGAUCGAAAAAUUGAGUAAUUAAUUAAUCGUACUUAUUAUAUUUUUUAUUUUAUUUAAAUUGUUCUACGCGCGUGCCAUUACUCUCACUUAUCAAUACGAUUGAAUUUGUGAUUAAUGGCUGGUAGAUUUUAUUAUUUUGUCGUGAUAAGUUUAUAUAUACAAUACAAAUGACCUUCAUCGAGCAGUUAUAGAUUUAUUGUAAUAUCACUAUUACUAGUGACAAUUUGUUUUUUAUAAAAGUUACAGUUGUAAAUUGUACUAUGUAAAUUUUUAAUUAUUGUAAUUUUUCGUUAAUUUUUUUUUUUGUUCAUUAGAGUUAAAUUAAUAAGUAAUUAUUAUUUUCGAUUAAAAAUGACUGCAUUAAAAUUUUUUUAUAAUUGUAAAUAGAUGAUAAGCAGGUACUUAAAAAAGUAUUAUAUGUUCUAUUGCAAUUACUGAGAUUAAACCUCUGCAAAAUGCCGAGGAUUUUAUUAUUAAAUAAAUAAUACUAUUUGUAGUAGGUAUUCUAAGAAUUGUGAUAUUAGUAACGUCGUGUAAGAUUAUACUUUCAAUUGUACAAGAUUUAAAGAUUGUUUAAUUAAAUGUUACAAAUGAAUUAAAUACUUCUAUAUAAUGUAAAUCUAAGAUAAUAUUAUUAUAAUAGGGAACAUGAUCUCUGUAAUAUGUGUGUAUUGUGUUAAA